CAGAGACGUUUCUUCUUCUUCCUUCCCCAAAUCUCAGAUCUACGGAAUUGCUCUUCCAACUUCAAAAGAUUCACUCGUUCGACGCGCAAACACUGUUAUACAAAUUCAAUCCCGAAAAUUUAAAAAGCUUUUCGGAGUAAAUUUUUUUCUUGGAUCGUUUUCCGAGGCAUUUCGUAGAAGAUUUUAUCAUCUCCUGCAAAUUCCAGAGGGGCUUGUGCCGACACUUCUAUUUAUAUUUGGUAGUCGGAUUGGAUAUUGAGAGCUUGAAUCAUGUGGGGCAAUAUUGCGAAUUUGAAGGAGAACUUGAACAAGAUCGCUCUUGAUGUUCAUCAAGAUGACGAUGACGACGGGGAUGAGGUCGAGAGUUAUGGCAGGCCCAAUGGAGUCGAUUCUCCCAUCUCCGAUCGGCGGAAUUCUCACCGUUUUGCACAUUCGAAAUUGGGUCCAAGGUCACCGCUCUCAAACGGGAUGGAUGAUCCUGCCGCGUUUAGUUCUGAGAUUGAACAGUACAAAUCAGAGAUUAAGAGACUUCAGGCAUCUGAGGCAGAAAUUAAAGCACUGUCUGUUAAUUAUGCAUCUUUGCUAAAAGAAAAAGAGGACCUAAUUAUUAGAUUGAAUAGAGAAAAUGGCUCAUUAAAGCAAAAUUUGGAGACAACAAGUAAAGCUUUAAGUGUCUCCGGAAAUGAUAGUUCUGCAGCAUCUUCAAAGGGCGCUGAUCCAGUGAAGGGAAGUAGUGAUCAAGUUUCCAAUCGACAGCAUAAGUUUGCAUCUCAUGGGAAAAAUCGUCAUGCUGGAAAUUUAAAGCAUAAUGGCAUUGUUUCAAGAAAGGAUUCUAUGAACAAUGGAAUCAUUCCUGCUUUGGAUUCUGAUGCCAUUCAAAAUGAGAUCGAACCUAAUCAUUCUGAUUUUCGAAGAAAGGACAAGGAGGUUGCAGAUUUGGUGGAUGGAAGAAAUAGCUCAACAGUAGCGGCGCAACAUGCUUCUGAGGUUAGAAAAUUGAAGACAGAACUGGAGCAAGAACGUGAUAAAUUGGCAAAAAUUCAGCUACAAUUCCAAGCGGAAGUGACAUUAAACAAGUCCCUUCAGGAGGAGCUUAAAGUAUUGAAGGUGGAAAUGGACAAAACAUCAAAGGAGAUGAACAAAAUACAUAAUGAAUUGAAUGAGAAAGUAUCAGAAAUAAAACGUCUUCAAACGGAGUUGAGCAGACAAGAAGAUGAAGAUGCAGGUGCUGUGGAUAGCUUGAAAAAAUUAAUCAAAAGCCUAGAGAAGGAAAACGCCACACUUAAGGUGGACAAGAAGGAGCUUGAGGCUGAACUGGAAACAAGCAAGAAGUCUUCCACUGGUAAAAUGUCAGCAGAAGCUUCUCAGAAGGAUUCAAGGAAUAUGAGUGAGAUGCCAGAUUCUUCCAAAACUUUUCCGGAAAAGGAGGAAAUGGAAAGAUCCUUUCAAAAGCUAAGUAAUGAUUUGAAGGAAACCCAGCGUGAAAGGGACAAAGCAUUACAGCAGUUGACCCGUCUUAAGCAGCAUUUGUUGGAAAAGGAAUCUGAAGAUUCACAAAAGAUGGAUGAGGAUAGCAAAAUCAUUGAAGAACUACGUGAAAGCAAUACCUCUCUAAGGGCUCAAAUUUCUCAUCUUGAAAAGAGUCUAAAACAGGCAAUUGAAAGUCAUGAGGAACUGAAGAUGGCAAAUAGCAGUGAAGUUUUUAAGUCCAGGGAAAUCAUUGAUGAUCUGAACAAGAAGCUUGCAAACUGUACAAGCAUAAUAGAUGCCAAGAAUAUUGAGCUUUUAAAUCUACAGACAGCUCUUGGGCAGUAUUAUGCUGAAAUUGAAGCCAAGGAACAUUUGGAAGAAGAGUUGGCUCAUGCGAGAGAAGAAUCAGUUAGACUUUCUCAACAAUUGAAAGAUGCCGAUCAGAGAGCAGAAGUGUUGAAGGGUGAAAGGGAUGAAAUUUUGGCCAAGCUUUCACAAUCUGAGAAAGCUCAAUCAGAAUGGAGAAGUAGACUAAGCAAGCUUGAAGAAGACAAUGCCAAACUGAGGCGAGCUCUUGAGCAGAGCAUGACACGGCUAAACAGAAUGUCAGUGGAUUCAGAUUUUCUUGUUGACAGGCGCAUUGUCAUAAAGUUACUUGUAACUUAUUUCCAGAGGAAUCACAGCAAAGAGGUUUUGGAUCUCAUGGUUCGGAUGCUAGGAUUCUCUGAUGAGGACAAGCAAAGGAUAGGUGUUGCUCAACAGGGUGCUGGUAAAGGUGUCGUCCGUGGAGUUCUUGGGUUACCUGGGCGCCUGGUUGGAGGUAUCUUGUCUGGUAGUCCUACUGAAGGAGCUGCAAAUGUGGGAUCUGAAAACCAGUCAUUUGCAGAUAUGUGGGUUGAUUUUCUGCUCAAGGAAACAGAAGAAAGAGAGAAGAGGGAUUCAGGGGGAAAUAGUAGUGCAGGCAAACCCACAGAAGGCUCACAUGGAAGUCCAAAUGCUACUGUACCACCAUUUUCAAAUCAGAGGUUGACCACUGGAACAGCAUCUGCUUCAUCAAUUAAUUCAUCCCCGAACCAUAAUUACAGCCCUCCGCGACACGGAUAUUUCCCGCGCUCUGAACGUCUUAGCUCUGAGUUUUCAACAGUCCCUCUUACACCAUCAGAUAGCAGUUCUACAAGGUACUGAGUAUUAUACAUUGGACUAUGCAAUUGGUAGAAAGUGUAGAUCAUUGUUUGUUAGUGGCAAUGCAAUCUGGUUCAAUUUAUUCUUUCACAUUCAAAAUGUCUCUCCUCUCUUUUCAAUGAGUGAAAGGUAUUCUCCAUCAUCUUGGGCUUUUGUGGAUUAUUUCAUACAAUAAAGAGUUCCGAAAAUCUUAUUGAUGUACCAAGCAUAUGCAAUGCUGUCUCACCAUUUAAAUGUAUAUAUUACGGAGUUUGCCAGAAUGAUAUAAAGUGAUAUGAUAAUCGUUUGUGUGAUGGGUCAUUAUUGGCUUCAAAAA